UGACGCGUGACAGUUUGUUCUGUCCCAGAUGUGUCCUGUGUCCUUAGUGUCUUAGUUUUUUAAAGUUUUUGUAAGAUAGUAAUUGAUAAAUUAUUUUACUGUAUUGAAUGGUUAAAUAAUAGCACAGAUACUAGUGUGCAAUAUAUAAUAUUUUAUUACACGCGAUGGUUGACGAUGAAAAAGCAGAAGCAAUUAAUUUGCAAAAAGAAUUUGAAUGGGUAUUAAAUGAAGAGAUACAUAAAGGUUUAGAACAAAUUCACCAGAUUUUAGUGGAGUGUGCUAGAAGGUUUCCAGUGGCUCUUUACGGUCAUGAUAACUCAAGUAAACAGGAAAAAUUUGUUUUGUCAGUACCUGUAGAUCAAUUAAAAUGUGUUGUUACUUUAACUGGUGAUAGCAUUAGCCAUGCUGAUAUUAAUUUCAAAAUAACACGUCAAAACUCAGCAACUCUUGUAAAGACUAGUAUACAAAAUCAUUGUCCAUGGAAAUUACAGCAGGUACAAGAUGCAUCGAAUCAUUUACAACAAGCAUUAUAUCAUAUAGAUGACGUUGGAAAAAACUACAAAUUUAAAUCUUCUGAUGAAGUGCUUCAUAUCCUUGGAAAUAUUCUUGGUAGUUUACAGCGAGGCAGAACAAGUUUGAUUGUACCAAGAAAAAAGACCAUGGAUGAUUUAAUAAAGAGCAGAAAUAUGAAAUCACUUACCCCCAAUUUGUCUGAGGACUUGGCCAUAAGCUUUUACAUACAGAGUCAUAAACUAAUAUUUGCCAUAUAUCAACUGAUCAAUAGUCAUGGUGAAAUGAAAUAUGAAUCAACACAUGCUGAAACUUCAGUGCCAUGGUUAAACGAAGUUCUAGUUUUGAUUACUGUUGGAUUACAACUGUGUCAACAAUUGAAGGAUAAGAUAUGUGUUUUUUCACAAUAUAAAGAUUUUACAGUUGGAUCUAGACCGACCAGUCCAAUCAAUUGAUUUGUUGAAAUCUCAAUCUAGCUUUAAGUGUUGUUAUUGUCAAGUGUCCUAACUCUUUAAUCAUAAGAUUUUAUGAUAUUGUCAAUUUCGUAGACCAUUCUGUAUUUUACUAGGAGUUGCUUCCUCAAGAACCCGUAUUUACCUUGAAUCAUUAAUAUUUUUAUAUGAUUUUUUUAUAGUUGCAAGAGCUUUAUCUAAUCUCAUUUAUUUAUAUUGACUAUUUUUAAUGCAUAUAUUUAUACCUGUCAGAUAUUUUGAAGUUAGAAAUUUGAAUUUUAUCAGUUUCAACAUACAUAAUUAUAUUUAUCAAUAAUUCUAGUAUAUUUUAUUUAAUUUAUAUGAGAGAUACUAUUUGUUAUUUAUUAGAAUUUACUUAGAAUAUACAUAGGAUUAGAUUUAUGUACAGCAUUAACAAAAAAUAAUAUUCCAAAGUAUUCAUUUUACUUUAAUUUUAAGACAAUAAAAAAUAAAAUAUGUUUAAUAAAAGCAAUAAAGACCCGUAAUUAG